CACCAGCGCUUCAGAAGGUUUCCAGUGGAGUCCUCUUCCACUCCUCCAUGACGAUAUCACGGAGCUGGUGGAUGUUAGAGACCUUGCACUCCCCCACCUUCUAUUUGAGGAUGCCCCACCGAUGCUCAAUAGGGUCUAGGUGUGGAGACAUGCUUGGCCAGUCCAUCACCUUUACCUUCAGUUUAUUUAGCAAAGCAGUGGUCAUCUUGGAGGUGUGUAUGGGGUCUUUAUCAUGUUGGAAUACUGCCCUGCAGCCCAGUCUCUGAAGGGAGGGGAUCAUGCUCUGCUUCAGUAUGUCACAGUACAUGUGGGCAUUCAUGGUUCCCUCAAUGAACCGUAGCUCCCCAGUGCCGGCAGCAAUCAUGCAGGCCCAGACAGUGACACUCCCACCACCAUGCUUGACUGUAGGCAAGACACACUUGUCUUUGUACUCCUCACCUGUUUGCCGCCACACACGCUUGACACCAUCUAAACCAAAUAAGUUUAUCUUGGUCUCAUCGGACCACACUACAUGAUUCCAGUAAACCAUGUCCUUAGUCUGCUUGUCUUCAGCAAACUGUUUGCGGGCUUUCUUGUGCAUUAUCAUUAGAAGAGGUUUCCUUCUGGGACGACAACCAUGCAGACCAAUUUGAUGCAGUGUGCGGCGUGUGGUCUGAGCACUGACAGGCUGACCCACCUCCCCUUCAACCUCUGCAAAAAUGCUUGCAACCUCUGGAUAUGACGCUAAGCAUGUGCACUCAACUUCUUUGGUCAACCAAGCGGGGCCUGUUCGGAGUGGAAAGUGUCAUGUGAAACCGUUGUAUGGUCUUUCCCACCGUGCUGCAGCUCAGUUUCAGGGUCUUGGCAAUUUUCUUAUAGCCUUGGCCAUCUUUAUGUAGAACAAGAAUUUUUUUUUCAGAUCCUUAGAGAGUUCUUUGCCAUGAGGUGUCAUGUUAAACUUCCAGUGAGAGAGUGUGAGAGUGAUAACACAAAAUUUAACACCCCUGCUCCCCAUCCACACCUGAGACCUUGUAACACUAACAAGUCACAUGAUACCGGGGAGGGAGAAUGGCUAAUUGGGCCCAAUUUGGACAUUUCCACUUAGGGGUGUACUCACUUUUGUUGCCAAUAGUUUAGACAUUAAUUAUUAUUUAGAGAGUUCCAACAGAUUUUGCAUCUAUGUACAAUAGCUUGACUAAAAACCAAGUAGUUAUAUCAAUACAAGGCAGGAGUAUGUGAACAGAAGGUUGUCAGGUACCUGUGCAAACAAGCUCCAGAUCCAACUACAUUGUGCUAACUUAGAUAUAUGUGUUUUCUCAUAGACAUCUUAUGUGACUACAAAUCAUCUGUCAAACCCAACAAGGCAUGGGCUCCCACUGUCUACACCUGUUUUGCCAAAGAGCAAUUCUGGUUUGCAGGGCACCAAAUUACAAUUCAGGAGUCCAUUGAAGGCUACGGAGGAGUAAUCUGGCCAGGAGUGAGUAAUUAUGCAUUUGCUGUCCUACUAACAAAACAGACAGAAAUAACUUUGUUUUUCUCUCAAACUGAGUUUACUUCUAUGAAUAGUUCAGUAAAACUGCAAUACAACCAGAUAAACUAAGAUUACAUUAUGUAUUUACAUGGGACACUUUGAAAAUAAGUAUUAUACUAAAUAGACUUAUGGGCAUAUGUGUAUCUAUAGACAAAAUCUAAGAGCAUCACUUGUCUGCUUCUGAAACUAAAAUGGCUUCUGUGCCUCUGUAACAGACAUAAAAAUUAAUGUGCUCUAUAACAAAGACUCGUGAUGAACUGAACUGUAAUUACAACAACAAAAAUCACCAGGUAUGCUCAAUGCAAUGAUCAUAUAACAGACAGCACAAUAUACCUUUAGUAUUUUAUAACACAACUGCUCAAUAAUAUAUGAUUUCCUAGUGUGUAUAUAACCUGCAGUUUUGGCUUACAGCACAUAGGUAAGUACAUAAGGUGAUGGUGUGAUGAGGUAUAAGACAAUCUUUAGGACAGACAGACUGAAUAAGUGUGGAUAGAAUAGAGUUGAUCCAGUUGAUUACUGUAUCAAACUUUAAGGAACACUAUAGCAUUAGAAAUACAAAAAAUGCAUGCCCUGUCCUUAACUAGACACUUCACCCAGAUCAUUUCAAAGAGAUAAAAUGUUCUGAGUGCCUAUAGUGUCCCUUUAAGGAUUUAAGUAACACGCAAAAGAUGAAGGGACUUCUAAACAUCAGGUGUGAUGUGCGGCUAGGUCUUUUUCAAAGAAAAGUAUUUUGACUCUCUGUGAUAGUAGGCAUGGGUAAUAUGCAUCUUAAACUCAUGUGUUUAAUUUGGAACUGUAACUUUAAAAAGAUACUCACUGCAGUACUUACCACAAAUUCAGGCUAUAAUGACAACUGGCAUAACAUUUUAACCCCUUAAGGACACACCUUCUGGAAUAAAAGGGAAUCAUGACGGAAUAUUUCUGUCAUGUGUCCUGAAGAGGUUGUUAAUUUUUCAAUUCCUAAACGUUUAUUACAUUUAAUGAAACAAUGAUUUUCUAAACUGAUGUAUAUUGAUUUGUUUGAUAAAGUUUCACUUUUUUAUUUUGCUGAGCAUCCAUGAUGGGUCAGUCUCUACUUUUUGACUACCUACUGCUCAACCUUACAACAGGCAAGUUAGACUGAGCAGUGAUUGGUCAAAUAACAAUAGAGAAUGACCCAACAUGGCUACUCAGCCAGAUAAAAAAAAUUUUUUAUUUAAAACAUUUCAUGACAGUUGUCUUAUGAAAUAUUCCAGAGUCAGCCUUCUUGCUAAUGAAUGAAGUUCCCUUAUUGGCAUCACCUCACAUACUGCAUGCUCUUCAAUUGCUCAAUUCUAGGGCACCAGACAAUGUCAAUUCAUACUUAAAAGGGACACCAUAGGCACCCAGGCCACUUCAGCUCAAAAAAUGCAUUGACACAAAGAUAUAUACACACACACACACACACACACAGAGGUGUGUGUAUCUGUGUGCCACUAUCUGCCAGUGUGUGUGUGUGUGUGUGUGUCUGUGUGUCAGAAACACACACAGGCACAUAGAAGCACAGAUAUACACACAUUGACACACCGGCACAUACAAAAAAAACGGCACAAUUUUUUAAAAAAAUUCUGGGGGGUGUGGGGGUUCCACAAUGUUGAUACACUAUGUUAAAUAGUUAAUUGGGAACCUUAGAGUGUUAAAGAGUGAUUUGGGGUAACAUAAGAUUAGGGGACUUAAAAGAUUUAGGUGCAAUUACUCUGGUCCAUAUCAUGCGAACUGGAAAAACUGAAUGAAGCCAGUAUGUUUGCGGCUACAAUUUAGCUGAAUUACUUAUAUUAUAUGGGUAAACUUGUGCCCAAAUUCCUGCAUUGGAGGAAUCAAAUGCCUGCUAAUCAAUGGAUUGGCUCUUGCCAUUUAGAACCUGAGUGUCCCUCACACUAAACUCCCUUUAAACAUUAAAUGAUACAACUCCUUAUCAUUCAGUGUCUUAGAAAAUAAACACAAGCUCCAUAAUAAUCUGUGUAAAGCAGGGGUGCCCAAAAGGUAUAUCCCCAAAUGUUUUAAAACUACAGCUUCAAUAAUGCUUUGUCAUUCUAAAGGCAUGCAACGCAUCAAGAAAGUUGUAGAUCUAAAACAUCUGGGGAUCUACUUUUUGGGCACCCAUAGUGUAAAGUGGAGUAAAGAGGGUUAAACUGCAAACAUACAUCCACUCCUUGUAAUAACACAUUUUAAAAGGCAGAUAAACUAUAUUGUUGAUGCCUCAAUAACAACAUAAAUAAAUAAGACAUGACCACCAGUAGUAUGCUAGCAUAUCUAUACACACACAUUUUAAAAAUGUUAAAACGGCUUUUUUUUUUUCACUUUUAUGUUUGUAUCGGAAUGGAAGUAGAUUAGCCAGGCAGGCCCAAUCUAAUGACAAACAUGGCAUUAUUUCAUAUCCUCAGUAAUAGAACUUUUAACAAAGUAGGUUAAUUUACAUCAUGACCUGAAAGUAGAUCCUCUAAAUAGCUUCAAUGUUCUUAUAAUCAUCCUAACUUUUAAUUGAGUCAUUUCAUGUAGGGCAAUCACACUAAAGAUCCCCAUGUUAUUUGCCCUAGAAAUAUUCGCUAAAAAUAGUUUUAUGGUCCCUGCAGUAAUGUUUUAUGGCAAAUAGGAAUAUCACAUGUCGAAAACAAAAUCCCCAUUAACUUACACUGUGUGUAAAAUAUACACAUAUCAUCGUUGUAUCCAAAGGAUUUACUUACUGACUAUAUUGGCAGAGAGGGAUGCCUCUCUAUAUCUAUUUAUCUUGACUAAUGAGUGUCGGUAGGUGUCUGUGAUUGGCUGAGACUGUCAGCUGGUUGUCUCAAGCCUAACACAGCGCCCUUUGCUGGUAUGAAUUAGUAUAACUAGAAGAAAGUGUGUAAUCUCUGCCCCAGCCAUACCUCCAGAGGUAGGUGGCCAGGGACCAUUUUUUUGUGUUAAGCUGCUCAAAAAUAAACAUGGGGUAGAGGGACAGUGCCAGAGAUGAAAUGGUUAUAGUGCCAGCAAUGUCUCUUUAACUAUCACUUUGAUAUAUUAAUCAUCAUUAAUUGGGUACUUUAUAUCCAAGGAUACCAUAGCCACCAUGUUUUCCUGAACACAUAUUAUUUAAACAAAUUGAUAGCCAAUAUACAGAAAGUGCUGCCCUGUUGUAUGUAGAAGUCCAAUGUUGCAGCUAGUAAAUUAUGGGAUAAUUCAAUCAGGAAUCCUGUAGCAUAUAUAUUAUCCAUCAUACAGGGCAGCAUUUCCAUGCUGCCAAUCAACACAAUGAAAUUGUGUUAAUGCACCUGCAAUCUAACUACUCAAUUAUCUGCCAUUUAGGGGUUAAAUCAUUUUGUUAAUACCGUUUACUUUGUUUUCUCCUAACCACACCACCUGUGACUAUGAAGCACACAGCUUCCCUAAACUUCCUCAACAAAGACAUUACAUUUUUAAUCUUCCCUUAUUCCACAGUGUGUUUAAUUUAGCAUUUCUUACCUCACACUCUGUUAAUUGCAAGCAAGAGCCUAGCAGGCUGGACGAUCUCAGCCAAGGGAAUAAAGUUUAAAAAAAUUAAAAAUGCAAAAAAACAAACAAAACAUUUUUAACCCUUUCAGCACUCGGGCACUGUAGCAAAAAAAUAAAUAAAUACAACUUCAGCAUGUUGAUAAAAGGUGAAGUGUGGGUUUAUUCAGACGUCAUAAGAAGACAGGCCUGCCUUUCAUCACUGGGUGUUGGAGUCUUAAUUUUGAAUAUUAAUUAUUUUUCAUCUCCUGGAGCAGGAAUCCUGACAUUGGCACAUGUGCUAAUAUUUGGAGUUCAAUAGGUGCACCACUUACAUAUCUAUUCCUAGGGCACUAUAGCAUUCGGAAUACGUAUUUGUAUUCCUAACGCUAUAGUGUUACUUUAAGGCCAGAAUAACCAAACUGGAAAAAUUCUCUUAGUCAGCUAUGCUUUCAGUUCAGCUACUCUGGCCUUACAUUUUAAAUUCAGUUUGAAUUCCUGGCAAUUCUCAAUUUAGUGAAUGACCCCAGGAUAUACAUUGUGUGUAUUUAUAUAUAUAUAUAUAUUUCCAUCUCCCCUUUUUUCACUGUGCUGGAAACAGGGCAUUAUUCUGUUGUUCUGGGAGAGACCAAUCCAAACUAGUUUUAAUGCCUUGAGUCUCCCAUAAGGUCCUCUCUUCUUAAAGGAACACUAUAGUGUUCAGAAUACAAAACUGUACUCCAAACGCUAUAGUGACCCUCUCCUCAGUGAAUAAAUGGUUAAAAACACUUUAUUUCACUUACCUGAUUUCAUCGCUGAGGUCCAUCGGCGCUGGCUUGUUCUCCUCCUCACGAGUCAUCACAACAAAUUGGAGAACAUAAUGUGCAUGUGCGCCACGUGCCGCACGCGCACUAGGGCUUCUCCAUAGGAAAGUAUUGAAUCAAUGUUUUCCUAUUUGGAUUUUCAAGACGCUGGACAACCUCAUGCAAAGUGUAAGGACAUCCAAUAUCGCUUAAUGGAGUUAAACUCUGUGAAGCACCAGGCAGCACCUCUAGUGGCAGUCUGGUUGACAGUCACUAGAAAUUUAGUUAAUUGUUACAGUUUCUCGGAAUCUGCCAUGUUUUACAUUGCAGGAUUAAGCAAACAGGGGCACUUCAAUGAGACUUAAAGGUAGGCAGACAAUGUAAUAGAGCAGCAGGAAAUGCUAGCAGAGUGCUUGGUUGUAUAGGGAGAGGUAUUAGCAGUAGAAAGAGGGAAGUGCUCAUGCCAUUGUACAGAACACUGGUGAGACCUCACUUGGAGUUUUGUACACAGUACUGGAGACUGUAUCUUCAGAAGGAUAUUGAUACUUUCGAGAAAGUUCAGAGAAGGGCUGCUAAACUGGUUCAUGCAUUGCAGGAUAAAACUUACAAGGAAAGGUUAAAGGAUCUUAACAUGUAUAGCUUGGAGGAAAGACGAGACGGGGGGAUAUGAUGGAAAUAUUUAACCCCUUAAGGACUGGACUGUUUUUGCGAUGUUGUACAUUUGCGACCAGGCCUCUUUUUACACUUUUGUGGUGUUUGUCUUUGGCUGUAAUUUUCCGCUCUCAUUUACUGUUCCUAUACAAAUUAUAUAUUGUUUUUUUUCAGGACAAAAAAGGCUUUCUUUACAUACCAUUAUGUAUAUAAUCUCAUGUAAUUUAAUUUAAAAAAAAUAAAAAAAAUGAUGAAAAAUUGAAAAAAAUACAUGUUUUUUUACUUUUACUUGAAAAAUCUUUUACUCAUCUACAAAAGCGAAUAAAAAAAACUGCUAAAUAGAUACCAAAUUUUGUCCUGAGUUUUAAAAUACCCAGUGUUUACAUGCUUUUUUGCUUUUAUUUGCAAGUUAUAGGGCUAUAGGUACAAGUAGGCUAUUGCGGUUUCAAAACAUAAAUUUUUUCAAAUUUAUCAAUAGUGACAUUGUAACACUAUUAUCUGUCAUAAAUCUCUGAAUAACACCCCACAUGUACAUAUUUUUUUUAAAGUAGACAACCCAGGGUAUUCAAUAUGGGGUAUGUCCAUAGUCCAAACACUGGCCAAAGUUAGCAUUCAUAUUUGUUUGUGUGUGAAAAAAGUAAAAAACUAAAUUGAAUGCUAAUUUUGGCCAGUGUUUGUGACUAAGUGGCUACUAAAAAAGACUGGACAUACCCCAUUUGCAAUACCUUGGGUUGUCUUCUUUUGCAAAUGGUAUGCCAUCAUGGGGGUAAUUCUCAUUCCUGGGCUACCAUACGAUCUCAAAGACAACUUAACCAACCUGGCCAUUUUCAAUGUAAAAAUAUUUGACCCUGUAACUUUCAUAAACGCUAUAAAAUCUGUACAUGGAGGGUACUGUUAUACUCAGGAGACUUUGCUGAUCACAAAUAUUAGUGUUUCAAAACAGGAAAACGUAUCACAACAAUUAUAUCAUCAGUAAAAGUGCUGUUUGUGUGUGAAAAAUGCUAAAAAAAAAAAAAUUAACUUUCACUGACAAUAUCAUCGCUGUGAUAUGUUUUACUGUUUUGAAUCACUAAUAUUUGUGUUCAGCGAAGUCUCCCGAGUAAAACGGUACCCCCCAUGUACAGGUUUUAGGGUGUCAUAGAACAUUACAGGGUAAAAUACAGUGCUAGCAAAUUAAAUUCUCUGGACUUUUGGCCUGGGUUGGCAGGCAGGUCCCUCAAAUUGCAAUUAAUAAAAUUACUGAAUUAUGUAAAAAUAUUACCUAAAUACGCACAUAGAAUUUAAAUAUAUAUGCAUAUUUAUAUAUUUGUAGUCUACGUGUAUAUUUAUAUAAUUAUUUAUGUAAUUUUGUAUAUGGGAAUAUGUAUAUUUUGUAUUAUUUUUAUUUAUUUAUAUAUACAUAGAUAUAUAUACAAUUUCAUUCUAAGUGUAUUUUGAUAUAAAUAUAUAUAUUUUAAUAUCAAAAUACAGUUAGAAUACAAUUUCAUAUAGAUAUAAAUUGUUUUACAUUUUUAUUAUUAUUUAAAAAAAAAUAAUUUAAUCUACUUAUUAUUUGUCUUUUAUAAUAAUAUAUACAUACAAUAUAUAUAGUUAUUAUAUAUAUUAUAUAUAUAUAUACGUGUGUAAUUUAAUUAUAAGUGUAUUUUUAUAUUAAUAUGUGUACAUAUUAAUAUAAAAAUACACUUAGUAUGACAUUAUAUAUAUGAUAUAUAGACAUAUAUUAUAUAGAUAUAAUAUGUCUAUAUAUCAUAUAUAUAUAUAUAUUUUAUUUUUUAUUUUAUUAACAUUAACAGUUAUUUUUUUUUAAUGAUUUUUCACUAGCAGGGAGACUGUCUGUCAGCACAGACAGUCCCCCUGCAGGCAGACACAUGGACACCUAUUGUGACCAAGUGACUGCUCUGUUGAGCGAUCACAUGGCCCCAGGGGUCCUAAUCCGCCAUGGGGAGACUGUCUGGGCUGCAGGCAGUCUCCCCACAAUGGGAGCACCGCCGAUAGCCGCUGGGGGAACGAUGGCGAUCGGGUAAUACAUAAGACCGUUAGGACGGCUCAGGACCGUCACCGGUCGGCAAUGGAAAAAUGCCGAUGACGGUCCUGAACCGUCCUCGGUCGUUAAGGGAUUAAAUACAUAAAGGGAAUCAACACAGUAAAGGAGGAGACUAUAUUUAAAAGAAGAAAAAACUACCACAACAAAAGGACAUAGUCUUAAAUUAGAGGGACAAAGGUUUAAAAAUAAUAUCAGGAAGUAUUACUUUACUGAGAGGGUAGUGGAUCCAGCUGAAGUGGUAGAGGUUAACGCAGUAAAGGCGUUUAACCCCUUAAGGACACAUGACAUGUGUGACAUGUCAUGAUUCCCUUUUAUUCCAGAAGUUUGGUCCUUAAGGGGUUAAGCAUGCAUGGGAUAGGCAUAAGGCUAUCAUAACUAUAAGAUAAGGCCAUGGACUAAUGAAAGUAUUUAGAAAAUUGGGCAGACUAGGUGGGCCAAAUGGUUCUUAUCUGCCGUCACAUUCUAUAUUUCUAAAAUAUUUUAUCUCCUGUAAUUCUUUUUACUUAAAACCUGUGACCAACAAAUCUGAAUGUGUUCCAAUUGCUGUAAUCUCUCUCUCUGGUGUUGGAAAUAUGGAAAAGAGUUGCUAGCUUUAGUGACCAAUCUUGUUGAAAGCCUUCCUGCUAAGAACUACUGUGUUUUUUUUCCUUGUGCUGUGAAAACACAAACAGUAUAUCAGAACAGGGUGUGGCUAUGAAGCCAGGAACUGUCCCAUUCAGAUGGUUUAUUUUAUUAUUAUUAUUCAAGGAACUGCAGAACCAGUUCUCAGAGCAAUUGAAGUUAUCUUGGACUAUAGUGCUGUAAAUGCAACAUUUUAGAUGCAUUUGGAGGGGCCUACAUAAACUAAUAUAUGUACUUAAAUGUAUAUAAAGUAAUUUCAAGGCAAUUCAGAGCUGGAUAUCCUCAGUGUGGAGGUUUAUAAAUACCUCAGAAUUUAGGCCCUAAAUUGCUGUUAAACAAAUUUAGAGUUUAGUGAGUACCGAUGAAUGAAUGUAACAAUAUUAUUGUUAUCAAAACGAAUAAAAUCAUCACACUAUAUUGCAGACAACAUAUCUUUGGUCUGAACCCAAGAAUGCCACUUACUAUUUUUGUGGUACUUGGCAGUCUUUCUGUGGAUUGUCUCAGCUUCUGCUAAACAAAAUUUGGGAGCUGGAUAUUCUGUGGCACCCAUCUUGUAAGAAUGAGUAUCGAAUGUUGUCAAAGAAAAUAAAAUGAUCAUUUUCUUUUCCUGGCUAGAUUCCUUUACAAAUUCACCAGUUAGCAACGCUGCCAUUGUUAGCCAGGAAAAUAUCAAACACAUACUGUAAUAUUCUUUCCUGGCUUUAUAUUAUCCAUUAGUGUUUCUGCCAGGGUAAGACAGGAAAGGAGAAAAUAUAUUCAUUAUUAAAGUACCUUUCUUUCCUGGCAGCAUCAGGGUCCUUUCCUUCUUGUUCUUCUUCAGCUUUGUAAUUAGACCACAAUAUGUUCAAGGGGAGGGAUUUAUAUAACUGUCCUACCAGCCGAGGUGAAGGGCAAAAACAUUAGAAAAGUUGCCUAUAGUCACUCAAACAACUUUGGCUUCAUGAAGCAGAUUUAGUACAUAGAUCAUGUCCCUGCAGUCUGAGUGCUCAAUUCUCUGCCAUUUAGGAGUUAAAUCACUUUUGUUUCUGUUUAUACAGCUCCAGCCACACCUCCCCUGGCUAUGAAAAAAAUGAUUCAAUUUUCAUUUAGAUGUAACUUACUUUAGACGGUUUUAUCUCCUGCUCUGUAAAAUUAACUUUAAUUACAUACUGUAGAUUCCUGCAUGGUCUAGCAAGCUAUUAACAGAGCAGGAGAUAAGAAAUUCUAAAUUACAGAAUUUGCAUUCAAGGAAGUGUAAACAUUAGAUGACUUUUUACAGGAAGUGUUUAGGAAGGCUGUGUAAGUCACAUGCAGGGAGGUGUCACUAGGGCUACACAAACAAAAUGAUUUAACGUCUAAAUGGCAGCGAAUUUAGCAGUGAGACUGCAGGGGCAUGAUCUGUACACCAAAACUGCUUAAUUAAGCUGUUUUGGUGACUAUAGUUUACCCUUUAAGGAUGAAACGUUUCUCCACUUUUCUGUAGGGCAAAAUCCAGUUUAUAUAACUAUAAGGACAUUAUGUUAAUUGUAGAGAGUGUGUAAGGGCUUUUAAACACUUUCCAAAAAGAAAAGCAAAUGUUAAUUUUUUUUUGUUAGAGGAAAUACUUAGGUGACCAAACAGACGUAUAAUUACAGUAAAUAUAUUGCUUUCUGAUUUUAUAUUAACGUUUAAUUAUUCAUAAGGUAACUGAAGCAAAGCAGCAGCCUAAUCAUCCAGCACGUACUAUCUGAUCAUUAGAAUCUCUGAAUGAUAUGUCUGUUAUUGGCCGCCUUCAGUGAAUUGUUAUUGGUCAGGAUAUUUGUCAUUAGCUAUGCAGUUUUAAUGUAUGCCUUAUACACAGUUUGCAUAACUAACCUCAGCCACAGAACAGAAAGUGUAACUAUUAACUGCCUCCUUAUACAGGACACCCAUUAUGUCUUAGUUCUUUAUGACAGCCAGGGCUGGAUUAAGAACCCAUUGGGCCUGGUGCUGACAAUUAUGAUGGGCCUAACUAGAGAAUUUUAUCAGCAGAAAACACUAAAACAGUCAUAUCUCCCAUGCAUCAUGUUUCUGGUGGAGAUGGUGCUGGAGAGACACUUACUAGAUGUAGCUAUCAGAAAACCCAUACCCUAUGCUAAUCUCUCGCUGUAAUCUUUCAAGUAAAUCCAUACCCCCUAACAGCAGUGUCCAGUGACGCAAGAUUUCAGUGGGCAGGGUAAAAGGUGGGCCACUGAUGUGAAUCACAUAACCAGAACAUUCCCAAAAAGGGGGCGGGUCUGCAUGAAGAAUUAGAUGGUCAAAAUGGCGUGAAUGUCACGCCAGGCUGCCUGCCAAUCAUGCAGAAUGACCAUUUAAGGGCAUACUGUGCAGACAGCACCCUGAGCUUUCUAAUGAUGCGCUUGCUCACGCUUUCUACGGACUGUGCCUUAGCACUUGCUGGUCCACUCCUCUCCUAACCUUCUUACUAGCAGGCAGAAGCUCCUGUUAUACAGUCUGGGACAGAGAAAAUGUGUAUGUAGUGAGUGUAGAAGAAAGGGAACAUGCCACAGUGUAAGAGAGACUGAAGCAGCAAGAGCAUUUGCAUAGUGAGCAAAGUCAGCUUUACCUUAAUUAAAGCUGACUUUAACUAACUGUCAGCAAGUCCACACAAGUUUUGAUCCCCUACAUCCCUCAUAUGUUUCCAUACUUAAGCAAAUGCAUGUGAAAAGUAUGGGCCUAUUCCAUCGGUAUGGGCCUGGAGUUGCAGCUCCAUCAGAUCCUAUGUUAAUCCGGCCCUGAUGACAGCAACACAAUAUUUAUUUUGGUCAACAGGAUUGGGCAACUCUUCCUCAUACCUUUGCUUUUUUCCACUUAGAUACAGUGGCGGAUUGAAUUUUAUAAAGUGAUAGAUUGAAUUUAGGUACGGUGGUGGAUUGAAUUUAGGUACAGUAAUAGAUUGAAUUUAGGUAUAGUGAUAGAUUGAAUUUAGAUACAGUGGUGGAUUGAAUUUAGGUACAGUGGUGGAUUGAAUUUAGGUACAGUGAUAGAUUGAAUUUAGGUAAAGUGGUGGAUUGAAUUUAGGUACAGUGGUGGAUUGAAUUUAGGUACAGUGAUAGAUUGAAUUUAGGUACAGUGAUAGAUUGAAUUUAGAUACAGUGGUGGAUUGAAUUUAGAUACAGUGGUGGAUUGAAUUUAGAUACAGGUGGACUGCCUCUACAUAUGUUUGUGUAUGUGUGCAUGUAUGUAAGAUCAUAUACCACAUAAGUCUGCCACAACUCUCUGUGUACCCCAUUUUUGCAGGCACUGCUCUAUAUUGACCUAAAGCCUGCUCACUUACAUGGUAUAUCCAUCCAUCCUCCUGGCACUCUCUUCAGGGAAGGGUUUAAAUAGGACAUGUGUGCAAGGAUGGGAGCAGAACCAGGACUCCUAUAAUAUAUACAGCAUGUCAAACUCGCGGCCCACAAGGACUGUCUUUGCGGCCCGGCGAGCCGCGAGUACAUGCUGGUGUAGGCACCUGCUUGUGUCUGUCAGUGAGUGUGUGUGUGUCUGACUGUCAGUGAGUAUGUGUGUGUCUGUCUGUGAGUGUGUGUGUGUGUGUGUGUGUGUGUGUGUCUGUGUGUGUCUCAGCGGGAGGAUCAGAUUUAGCACAGGGUGCUGUGGUUUAGUAGAGGGGGAUGCUGGUUAUUUUUUAUACUGUGAAAAUACUGUACUAUGAAAAUUUACGGUAUUUUUAUUUUUUUUGCGGCCCACAUAAACUUAAACCUUGUUUAUGUGGCCAGAUCCAGACUUUGAGUUUGACAUGCUUGAUAUACAGAGUAGGAGCCAUUUCAACAUGGUUUCUUUAUAAGGUUCUGCACCCCACCCUCUUUAGGGCUUCAUGUAAGUCCUAUAUUUCAACUUUUCAAUGCAGAGGGUGCCAGGUGGAUAUUUCACUAACACUAGUUUCUCUUACUGGAGAUUUGGUGCAGUCGAGUUGGUAAUUCUAUUGCCGUUUUGUAUGCUGUCACAGUGCCUUUUUACAAUUUAUAUACUGUAUUUAUGACAACUCAUUAAUAAGGAGGCAGCUAUGCACCAUCCACGAUGAACUGAGCAGAGAAACAUUUCUAAACAUUUCUUUUUAUUACCAUAAUUUGAGCAGAAUUACAAAAUAUCAGUACUAGUGAAUUUGCAUAUUUAUUGAUUCAGAGUACUAAUGCCUCUCCCUUUUACAGGCAACAGCUUUAUGUCACUUUCUGGAAGGAAACCAAGAUGAAUUCAACUUGCGACACAAGAAGGUUCUUGAAAUUGGCUCUGGGACAGGACUGGUAUCCAUUGUUGCAUGCCUCCUAGGUCUGUAAAUUAAUUGGCUUUUUGCAAGCUUAAAUUAACUUCAGAUUACCCUCAAUGUGCACUGCUUUAUUAAUGGAGUUUCUUGCUUGCGUUAAGUGCUAUAAAGGUGUUUUGUAGCAGAAUAUGCACUCCUCAUACCCAACGUUCACACAGUACAGUAUGUUACUGAUUUCCUCCUCUAGGGUCUCACGUCAUAGCAACUGAUUUGCCUGAUAUACUUGGGAAUCUGAGGUUUAAUUUAUCGAGAAACACAAAUGGAAAGAGACUGUAUGAUCCCGAAGUGAGAGAACUGGUGUGGGGACAAGAUCUGGAAAGCAGAUUCUCCCUAUCAACUUGUGUUUGUGAUUACAUAUUGGCAGCUGAUGUAGUGUAUCACCACACAUAUCUGGAAGAAUUACUGCACACUAUGAAACAUUUUUGUCAGCCAGGUUCUACCCUUUUAUGGUCCAAUAAAUUCAGAUUUAACACAGAUUAUGAAUUCUUAUCAAAGUUCAAUACGACAUUCGACGUUGAAUUACUGCAAGAGUUUUCAGACUUGGGGGUUAAAAUAUUUAAAGCAAAAUGCAAGGAAAACUGA